AUGCGCCAGCUCUCCCAGCUAUUCGAUGACCUGGAUUAUUCUGAAAGCCUUCAGUACCCUCCAAUCUACCUGCUCCUCAAAGUCAUUGCAGCCAAUCUGUGUGCUCGAUGUGUGCAAGCAGCCGCGGAUGAGAUUAAUGGUUACGAAAGCGGUGAAGCGGUCGCAUUCGCCGUCAAACAGUAUAACAAAGCAGAAGUUUCCCGCAUUUUCGAGGAAAUCAAGGUAAAGUGGCCAGGAGCUGUGAUCCGUGAUGCUAUCAACAAUAUCGCACAUAGAAUCUCGAGACCAUUCCUGCAACUGACCCAGCAGAUUACAGGCAAGUGUUCCGCCGCUCCUGGUGCCGUUGCUUCGUUAAGUGGCCUGCCCUUCGCGUUGGGCUAA